GCGAGGAGGAUAUAGGGCCACGUCCUGACUCUGAAGUCUGAUAGACGAGGCAGCUACUGCCUGAGAGAUUAGCCUGCAGAGCACGCAAAGGAGAGGCCAGGAAAGAGCACUCUUUUCUGGGUAUGGAGCAACAGUUCCAGGGGGCCUAGUGGAAGAGCUUGGGAGGUUGAGGGGGUAAAGGGCUGGGUCAGGAAACCGGAGAAAGAACUUUGGAGCAUGACAGAGAUAGUCAUGUCGUAGAGGAUAGUUCUCUGAAGUGGGGGCUGCCUACAUUUUAGGUGUUGAGUGACAUAAACAGGGAUGAAUUAGGGGCCAAGGGCCCAGAGGCCAGAAGAGGGUCUUGUUUGCCGUGGCCAGACUGAUGACAGAAGUGGAAAUUGCACAUCCUACAUGCUGUUGGACAUGAAUGAUGGUGGAAGCAAAAACUUAUUGUGCACCGUAUGCCAAGUACUGUUCUAAGCCCCACAAACAUGUGGUUUAUUCCCCAUGACAACCUGGCAGGUUAGUGCUCUUGUCUUCAUUUUACAGAUGAGGAAACUGAGCUUCAGAUAAGGCAAGUUAAGUGGUUUAUCCCAGGUCACACAGCUAGUCAGGGACGGAACUGCUAUUCAAACUCAGGACUCUGCUGAGCCUGUGUACUCCCCACUGCUAAUGUACUUAAUAUUUUCCUACAUGUAUAAUUUUGAUACUUUAAAUGUAAAUUUUUUAAACAUACAUUUAAACAUAAAUAAACAAGUGAUUUUUUAAAACAUUAAUGUUGAGAAGCUAAUAUAUAUUGAGCAUAAAAUUGUCUUUUUAGAUACCAGAAUUAAAUUCAGUCCUGGCAUCCCUGAACCUUACUGGGAGGGAGGGUAGUCUGAAGGUUAGACUAGCGCCAGCCUUCUCCUCUGACCAACCCUGCCAGCGGUUCUUUCACCACUUCUGUGAUGGAUGCCUGGACACUUCUAAAUUGUUAGAAGAUUCUUCCUUAAAUCAGCCAAACUCUUCCCUCCCUGUAAUUUUUGCUCAUUUGUGCCAUUUUGAGUAAUGCAGAGUUGAAGAAAUAUGGAUACCAACACCAAAGUGGUCAUCAGCACUUUUUUUACCAGCUUUUUCACCUUUCAGCUUCUUUUCUACUCUGUAAGUUAUUGGUUUUCAGCAAAAGUCUCUACAGGUUUCAGUAGUCUCAGCAUCGAAAAGAAGAUUGAGUGGAACUCAAGGGUAGUAUCUACAUGUCAUUCUUUGGUGGUUGGGGUAUUGGGCCUGUACAUUUUCUUCUUUGAUGAGGCCAGUAAAGCUGAUCCACUUUGGGGUGAUCCAUCGCUUGUGAAAGUGAAUAUUGCUAUUUCUUCAGGCUAUAUCAUUUCUGAUUUGUUGCUUCUCAUUUUGUACUGGAAAGUGAUUGGUGACAAAUACUUUAUAAUCCACCAUUGUACAGCACUGUAUGCAUACUUCUUUUUACUGAAGGACGGAGUGCUAGGAUACAUUGGGAAUUUUCGCCUGCUUUCAGAACUCUCCAGCCCUUUUGUGAAUCAACGCUUUGGCCAUUGCGAACUGUUUCAGUUGGCUCCUGUAACACAUCUUCAUCAGUGGUUCUUUGAGGCUCUGAAGUAUCCUAAGUUUUCCAAGGCUAAUGUCAUCAAUGGAAUUCUCAUGACAGUGGUGUUCUUCAUCGUGCGGAUUGCCUCAAUACCUCCUUUCUAUAGCUACCUUUAUUCUGUAUUAGGAACAGAAGCUUACAUUAGGCUUGGAUUUUUAAUCCAAUGUUCCUGGAUAUCUACUUGUUUUGUUUUAGAUGUGAUGAAUGUCAUGUGGAUGAUCAAAAUCACGAAAGGGUGCAUCAAAGUCAUCACUCUAAUCAGACAAGAGAAAGCCAAGAAUAGUCUUCAGAAUGGAAAACUUGACUGAAAGUGGGCUAUUGAUGAGCAUACUACCUGCAUUAUGUCUACUGAUAGGAUGGAUUUUUGGCAUGUUCUUGUGCUUCGUUAUUAAUUAUACUGGCUAAUCAGGGUUUCGGUGUUUUUUUUUCUUUUUUACUUCUAGAAAAGAGAAACUAAAUCUUAGUUUUUAUCCCAGGAUUUCUUUUCUAAUUUCCUCUGCAUUAUAAGCAUGGAUAAAAAUCUCAAAGGUUUAAAUAAAAAAUUAUAAAUAUAGUGUGAAUCUUUUCAGAAAUCUGUUAAUCUGCAUUGGCAUUUUUCUCUGUGAAAAGAUGACUAUACUACUUUGGUACACUUGGUUUAUGUCAUCAGUUUUGCUGAAAGAAUGGGCACUGCUUUUAAAUCUGUACAUAGCAGUCAACAUUUUGUCGCACUGCCCUGUUCUUUCAAUGGCUGUCAAUACCUGUGUAGGGUUUAAUUUCCAAAUUGUUGAAGUGGUCUUUUUCAUAGGCUAUUAGGUUUAUUUUUCAUUUAGAUAUGCUAUCAUCUAUUAAUGAUGAAGUAUUUUGCUUCCUUUGGGAAUAUUUAAUUAGUUCAGUCAUGAAAAAUUCUUCCUGCAUUUUUAGAUUCUUCAGAUAUCACUUUAUUUCUAUUUUUAACAUUUUAUCAAAUUACUGCUUUUUAUUUUAUAGUAAGGCUUUAGACACAUCGUGCAGAGCUCCUUAAGAGGUGAAUUCCUCCUAAAAAUGCAUGUUAUAGAUGACUAUUUAGGCUAGUAGGAGGAAUCAUUAAGAAAAAGUUUUAUAGCACAGCUGUCUUUAUCUGCUUCCCUUUCACCUUUUCUGUGGAAAAAAUAUUAUUUCUAUUUAUAAAACCUCCCCUGGAUUUACAUACCAACAUCACCAGUACCAAAGUCUGUACAAUGGGUAUUUAUCCUUCUCCCAAAGUAGGCUUCUUCUUGAUGAGACCAAAACUACAAAAAAAGUCAGUAUUCACAUCUUACAGUUUACAGCCAUACUUGCUUAGUCAGAAGUUCAAGUGCUUUGAAUUUCUAUCUUUCCUAAAGGACAGGAAAAAUAUAGGUAAUUUAAUCCAAGUAUUCUGAUUAUCAAUUUUCUUGUCUUAAAUGUGACGAUAAAUGACUAGUGGCUGGUUUUUUGUUUGAUUUUGUGUGUGUGAGUUUAUGCUUGCUUUUGUGUUGGUUUUUGCAACCCAAGUAUAGAAUUAUAUAGUUAGCUGUUACUGCAUUUAUUUAUUUUUUUCAAGAACGUUAAUGAUUGUUCUUACCUAAGAAAAAAAGAUAUUAAACUUAACCAGUGUUGAAUACUUCAGUUAAAUUGAACCCAAACCAAAAGAUCUAGUUCAUUUAAUUUCUCAGUUUGAAGGAGAAUGUUUGGCUCUUUCAUUGUUCAUGUUAUAAUCAUGAAGGGAGGCUAGCUGGAUAUGGCAACAUUUUUUAUUUCACUUGAUUUGGCCAUCCAGUGCAGACAGAACCUGAUAAGUUUUAGAACAUUUAAAGAAGGUAAUUUAAGACUCAAUAACUAAAAUGACAAAAUGUGAUUGAUUGGCUUAUAUUAGGUACACUUAUUUUUGAAAGAAUUGAUGUAAAAUAUAGGUAUUUGUUUUUAAAGCUUCUGAUAUUACAUUGAUAAUUUGUUAACAAACUUUAGUGCCUUCCACAUCAUGGGCACUUAAAUGUGUAUUGGUUGUUUAGAGGGGGUGUGAAUCAGUGGUUUUAUCUUGUUUUUUUCUUGCUCUUUUUCAAGAAAACUGGCUUUUUAAAAGGAAGACAUUUGUAUUAGAAAACUAUUUUGGAGAUCCAUUCCUUUAAAAAGAAACAAAACUUGAAAUAAGUAUUUUUAACUCUUUGGAUAUUUCUAUAGUUUCUGAACACAGAUUUUAAACUCAUCAAAAUGAAGAUAAGCUGUAACAUUAGUGAGUUUCCAUAUAGCAGUUUCAGUUUUUAUAGUUGCUAUUUCAUGCUUAUAACUUCAUUUUUACUUUCAUUGACAGCACUUUUUGUUAGUAUAGCCACUCACUAAAUAUGUGUAUUUAAAAUAUCAGUGUUUUGAACUAAAGUUUAUUAGUCAACAAUUCUUAUUAUAUGCUGUCUGCAUGACAGCUAAUUCAACAUCCAAAAGUAGAUUCUAUGUAUUUCCUCAUACAACAGACAUGAAAUGGAAAAGAUGCUAGACUGCCAUCCUACUUUAAGUCAGAACUUUCGGGAGCUAUACUUGCUGUUCUGAGAUUGUGUCCACCUAUCUAAGAUUCAAGUGAAGACAACAUAUCAUUUGUUAAAUGAUAAAUUUUUCAUUUGUUAAAUGACAAACUUUUGCUAGACAUUUUACAUAUUAAGUGUUUUGACUACAUGGAUCAAUUUAAAUGAUUCUAUUAGGCAUUCUGAUAUUUAACACCUCUGUUAAAAUAUUUAUAGAAUAUAAAAAUAAUGGUAUAAAUUUUUAAGCAACUCUAUUUUUGUAGAAAAAGGUUAGUGACAACCUGUAACUAUAAAGAUGUUCUUUGAAUGUACAGUAGUGUAGAAAAUAAACAUUCUUAAAAAUUUUUGAAAGAAAUUAAAAUCAACUAAAUAGCAUGCAAGAUUAUAGAAUCUGCAUUGGAUAUUUUAUUUUACUCAGUAGAAUUUAAAAAUUAUAAGCUUGGGUUUAUAGAGUUUCCUUCUUGUGUCUAAAAUCUUUUUAAUGGGUAUUGUUUGCAUUUACUUAAAACUCAAAAUGGAGUUAUAUAUGAGUGCAAAGCAGUUAACUCCUACUUGAACUGUCUUGAUUCCUUAUGGUAAAUUGAAGUGCAAUUUUAUUCCAAUUGUAAUUUUGUUAUUUCAUGGACUAGCCCUAUGUUAAGAGAAAUAAUGUCUUUACCAUUCCUAAGGGUGACUGAUACACUAUGGGUGAUCCAGUACUAUUGUGAAGGUCUAGUUUUUAAAACUACAUGUUUAUAGCACAGGUGUUUGAAUUGAAUUCUUUUCUAAAUUUUAAUCUAUAUGACUCAAGUCAAAGUUUUGCUAAAGUAUUGGUUUUUAAGUUGUACACUUUCUCCAAGGUGCACCAAGCAUUUGGAGAAUGGUUCUUCGCUGGUGUGAAGAGGCAGCUUAUGGUCUGAUAUGCCAUUUGUUGUGCAUUUGGAAACAUUCUUCUCAUGGAGAUACAUAGGGGAAAGCACAUUGUAAUAUUUAUGUUUGUUCUGAUUCAUUUUUAAGUGAAAUAAACAUGUUCCAAAAAACA